UUUUCAUCCCCGACCUUAUACAUUCCUAAAGUAUUGAAUUUGAUAAGAAAAGUUUUUCAUAAAUUUCUAGUAUAUGUGGACAAUAAUUCCAAUCGAAGCCUCUGGAUCAACGAGAAGGUCUCGAAUGUGUCCUUACUCUUCCAAUUUUACCCCUUAAAACAUUACCGCCACAAACAGAUGCAUCCUGUCCCGGCAAAAUCAAAACGAUACCGUUUCAAAAGGUUUCAAAAUCUCCCGCUCCUUCUGACCCUUUGCUUACCUCCUCCUCCUCCUUGAGAUCUGCUGGUUUGAUUCAUCUUCUUAGGGUUUCGAUCUCAGCGAAAAUGGGGAAGCCGAGCAGAUCCAAGAGAUCGGAGAAUUUCGAGAAGGGGAAAGUCACUCCGAUGCAGGUCGCUUUCCUCGUCGAUCGCUACCUCUGCGACAAUCGCUUCUCAGAAACCCGAUCCGUCUUCAGAUCUGAAGCUGCUUCUCUCAUGUCAAAAUCCCCAGCUUGCGAAGUUCGGGAGAGUUUGAUGACUCUGGACGAUAUUAUAAACGAAUACAUAUGCCUGAAGGAGCAGAAGGUGAUGGCGGAUCAGGAGAGAUCGAGAUUGGAGCAGGAGAAAGCUAGGGUUCAGAAUCUAUUGCAGGGAAUGCAGGAUGUGAUGAACGCUUACAACGCUAGUGUGGCCGCAGCUCCUCCAGGAAUUCCGGCGGCGGCUCCUACUCCGGAGAUCCCGCUGGUUUCUCAAACGACCGUCAUGACUCCUCAGCAGAACAACUUCCAUAGUUCUCCUUCAGGCUGCACUGUGUACAAGACAGCAAAUAUCAUGCCAGUGUCCUUACCAGGUAACAAGAGAGUAGAAUGCAGGAAUUUCUCGACACCUUCCACCAGCCAGUCCAUGACCAGAAAGCGAAAGGGUCCUGAAUUUUCUUCCGGGGCUCCUCCUAUUUCUAGGAAAACACGGAACAAGACAGAAAUUCACAAUCCGGCUACCGAUGGACUCGGGAUGGAUAAAUUCCCACAACCUGACAAGGUGAUUAGCUGCUCGGCAUCUGAAACUCCAUCUGACGUACAAACAUUGGCCAAGAGCUGUUCAGCUACCGAGAUAUCUGGCCAUGGAUCCAAUGUGGCAAAGUGUUUGUUCAAUAAAGCUGUUGUGUCACCUUCGACCACUUCGACUUGCCCUAACACCCCGCAAAUGCAAGCAUCUCCUAAGAGUGAUAAGUCUAUCACUCCGCAAGACUUGACUCCUACAAACUGCACAAUUGUUAGCAAGGAGAGAAUCACUGUCAGCCCUCUCAAGCAAAUUGCUUCCUAUGCAGUGGAAAGGAGCCAAGUCAUUUCAUCAUCACCUGCCAAGUCUAACAAGAGGGGCCUUGUGAAAGGAAGACUCAACUUUGACGGCUCUGUCCCACCAACAACUGCUGUGGAUAGGGUUUCGACUCCCUCAUCCGGGUCUGAACAGGAAACAGAUUUGUCAGAAAUGGAUUUUCCUACCCUAGAUCUCUUGGGAGAAACUUUCUCAUUUUCCGAGCUACUAAGUGAUUUCGAUCUUGGUUAUGUAGGAGCCAUGGAAACAGUUUCCGGUGAUAGGUCAUCUUCUGAACCAGGGGGCAGGAAACUAUAAUCUCACCCUGUCGUGUCAGAUUGAACACACAAGGAUCUGUCGGUACGACUGCUCUUAAAUCCGUAACCAGAUGCAUUAGUAUCUCAAGUCCUGGUCUGCGAAGAAGAACGCCAGGCAGAGAGUCAUGAACUGAUUCAGAUCCUCAACUGGUAAACUCUGAAAAAACAGCACCUGUAUGGUUGUCCUAACUGCAUG